AUGAAGCCGGGCGUUACUGGCGAAGGCGGAGAUGCGAAACGCGCAGGCGGCGGGCGUCUGCGCCACCUGUCGCUUCCAGCGGGGCGGGUUGGGCUGUAUCCGUCCGACAGCGAUGCCGGCUUGCUCACGACUGCGGGCGCCGAGGCUGAGCCAGCCCGGGCACGUGGGCUGUUGGGCGCCGGCCGCCGCCCAGGUGCACCUGCACCCUCGCGCAAGCCCCUCGUAUCCCCUCAAACCCCUUUAAAGCUCACGCUCAUUGCUUACUCUUUUUUCACACAAAGCAUUUUUCACUUCUUGCGAUUCAGCUUUGCGCGUGCUUCUGCUCAUAUCGCAAUCUUUAAUUAG